GAUAGAGCUUUUGGAAAUAACGGAAACUUCUUCAAAUUCGGAUGUCUUAUCUGAUUGGUCUCUUGUUGUGUUUUGCUCAACACUCUAAACAGUUGUGUUUGUGUAUUUGGUGAUUAUCGACAGGACAGGCUGAAGGCUAGUUGUCUGUUUUGCGUGUUCUCAGUCGCAAGCGCUUCAGUGAGGUGCGGGGCGGGCUUUGUGGAGUUAGCGCUCGCACUCGCGCGCCUCAGCUAGUUACACACAGACAUACGUACGGCGAGACACGGCUCACGUUUCAUGUGUCGUUGGAAACACAUUUGAGGAGGGGGGGGGGGGGCGACCGACCGCUUGCAAACUACACGUUUGACCCCUUUGAAACUCUGAAAUAUGAAAGUGUUUUCGCGAAUCGUAGCCUCCCAAAAAGCGCUUUUGUGAAGACACGGACAUUAGCAAGGCCUAAAAACUCGCAACGUUUUCGAGACUGCCCGACGUUGUGGGUCGACAUGCGAGCAGUGUAUCAGCACAUAUUUCUUACAAUCGUACAAAAGCAAUUUAAUUUUUUGCACCAACCACUGUCACUUGUUUCAAACAGUUUCAUACGCUCUUCAGUAUUCAGCAUUAGCGCUUUAUCUCUGCAUUCGCGUUCAAGCAGAUGAUGAUGGGCUAUCCCACUCUGUAUGCCCGCUAUCCACUCAGGCAAAAGACAUUUUCUCUCUGACGAAGAGCAAGAAGGUUAUACCGAUCUCGAAAACGCGAACAUGCUGCUACGGGGUCAUGUCGGGGAGCGUGUCCAUGGCCGUGGAACUGAAUAACGCUCUGACACAGGAUGGCACAGACAACACACAGGAUGAGUGUGGCAACACUGGGUCCUGCUCUGGGCAUGGAAAUGAGAUGGGCAUCUGUGCCCAUGUCAGUUUUCUUCCUCACCCCCUGGGCCCAUCAUGCAAUGGCCACUGGCCUUCAGACAGGCCCAGCCUGGGCAAAUGUUCUCCUAGCCUGGCCCCACUAAAACAUGAGGGAUAUGAGGGCAAUGCCUACCAAGCAGAGCCCCUACCAACUGGAUCGCUCCGGGAGACAGGAGUGUUGGAGUUGGGGAGCCAGCCUCUUGCUCUCUGCCCGUCUGUUCAGAGGUACGCUCUGAAGAGAGAAGAAGGGAUGAGGGCAGUAGAGAGUGCGGCCACACCGGAUCAGCUGGGGUCAAAGUGCAGCCACACGCAGGAUGAAGCAAUGCAGGUCUCUAAAGGACAUUCUCAAAUGUGUUCCUAUGGCUCAGAGAAUGGUAAGGAGAGUACGAAGGGGAUGAAGGUGACUGUGACCUCCACUCUGGAACAAGAUGCAUUCGUCAAGGAUACAGAGCAGAGCAGAGAAGUCUCAGAGGGCAGCGGGGAGAUUGGUACGGAUCCGAUGCAGUGGACUGUGGCAGAUGUUGCCAGUUAUUUCACCACAGCAGGGUUCCCUGAACAGGCGUUGGUGUUCAGAACCCAGGAAAUUGAUGGCCGGGCUCUUCUCCUGAUGCAGCGCAGUGAUGUGCUGACCGGCCUGUCCAUUAGGCUUGGGCCUGCCCUCAAGAUUUACGAGCGGCACGUGAAGAUGCUGCAGAGGAGGGUCUUCCAGGACGACGGUGACCUCAGCUGAUGGUCGCCAUUCUCCACCUCCCCGUUAGGCGUCCGUACAGCAACCUGGGACGCCUGUCUCUCAACCAUUUACUCACUCACUCACUCAUUCUUAGACAGGGCGAACAAGCUAGCCAUCUUGACCCUGAGUGAGUCAGAAAGGUCACCACUGAAACAGUGGCAUCAAGCUGAGACACUUUAAAAACCACGUCAGCCAGAGCUGAGGUUCUCACCCUUCAUCCUCAGAACUGAGAGAGCACAGACUAUCUUGUGCCACAUCUCAAUCUCUCUCCCUCUGUUUCUGGGACUGGCCUCUGAACAGCUUCUACUUUUGCACAUGUGUGGAGACCUUGUUUAGUGGAUUCCAUGUAAGAUAUGGUUAAUGUAUAUAGUGUUAUAAAGUUAAUGGCUACAUGGUACAUACACUGCCAUUGCCUUGAUGGAGCAGUAAUUUUGACCACUAGCUCUGGAUUUGAAUGUAUAUAUGUAUGUGUGUAUAAGAUGCAUAACAAUAGCAUUUUAACCGUUAUGUACUGUUAAGUCAGACUGUUUCCUUGAUUUUACAGACAUCAGGUUUCCGUUUUUAUUUGAAGGUACUUAUCUGUGCAUCCAAUGCAUGUGAAACAAAAAUAAAAAAAUGAAUAUAAUAUCUCUGUGUCUGGCACUAAGGAGAAGAAAUAUCCAUAAGUUACAUAAACUGAUGCAUUUUCAUUUGAAUUCAGGAAACAGAAAAGUGUUUGUUUUGGGCAUAAAGAGUAAAUUGUUACUCUCUCAAGAACUAACAGUUUGACGAUAAAGUAUGAUGUGGCCUCGGGGGAAACCUUGUUUGGAAGAGCAGGUUUGUUUUGUUAACCUGUACUGGCGCUUAUAUUAAAGUGAUUUGACUGAGCAUCUGA